UCGACUGCCCUGGUCUCUAUCACCCUUUGUCCUCCAGCUCUCCCCCGGCGCUGGGCCUGCGGGCCUGGUUGCUAGGCGGAAGCGGGGCGCGGCGGCUGCCCGGGCGUUUGAAAAGCGGCAAAGCAGGCGGCAAAAGGUCCUCCGGCGGCGGGCUCGCGUCUCGCUGCAGACAGCCGGGGGGCCGAGCGGCCGAGCGGCCUUUGCCUGGCGCAGGGGCAGGGCUAGGGCUGGGCUGGCGGCCCGGGGCAGGGGGGCCGGGCGCGCUGCCGGCGGCGUUGGGCCCGGGCCGAGGAGCGGGGUCCCGGCGUCGGGCGCCGCGGGCGAGCGGUGGGAGCCCCCCUCUCGGCGGUCGCGGGCCUCCCGCACCUCACCCGGGCCCCUCUUCCCCCGCGCAGACCCCGCCUGCGGGCCGCCCACCGCGACCAUGGUCUCCAAGUCCGACCAACUGCUCAUCGUCGUCUCCGUCCUGGAAGGUCGUCAUUUCCCCAAGCGUCCAAAGCAUAUGCUGAUAGUAGAAGCAAAGUUCGAUGGAGAACAGUUGGCCACUGACCCUGUGGACCACACCGACCAGCCAGAAUUUGCUACCGAGUUAGCCUGGGAGAUCGACCGGAAGGCUCUCCACCAGCACAGGCUGCAACGCACUCCUAUCAAACUGCAGUGUUUUGCCUUGGAUCCUGCAUCUUCAGCCAAGGAAACUAUAGGCUACAUUGUCCUAGACUUAAGAACUGCUCAAGAAACAAAGCAGGCACCAAAAUGGUACCAGCUGUUGAGCAAUAAAUACACCAAGUUCAAGUCGGAGAUACAGAUAGGCAUUGCUUUGGAAACAGACACAAAGGCACCAGUGGAUAGUUUUAAAGCGAAAGGAGCCCCCCCUCGAGACGGAAAAGUACCUGCCAGCUUGUCUGGCCUUGACCCCAAGGACAUUGUGGCAGUGCUGAACGAGGAGGGAGGCUACCAUCAGAUUGGACCAGCCGAGCAUUGCACAGAUUCCUUCGUUAUGUCUGUGACCAUCGCGUUUGCCACCCAGCUGGAGCAGUUAAUUCCAUGUACCAUGAAACUUCCAGAAAGACAGCCUGAGUUUUUUUUUUACUAUUCUUUGCUGGGAAAUGAUGUUACAAAUGAACCCUUCAAUGAUUUGAUCAACCCAAACUUUGAGCCAGAGAGAGCAUCUGUUCGAAUACGUAGCAGCAUAGAAAUUCUUCGUGUUUACCUGGCACUUCAGUCUAAACUACAGAUCCAUCUUUGCUGUGGAGACCAGUCACUUGGGAGUACAGAAGUGCCCUUAACCGGACUACUGAGAAAGGGGAGUACAGAAAUCAACCAGCGGCCGGUCACAGUUGAGGGUGCUUUUAUUCUUGACCCUCCGAACCGAGCCAAGCAAAAGCUUGCACCCAUUCCUCUGGAGCUGGCCCCCACCGUGGGAGUGUCUGUGGCUUUGCAGAGAGAAGGCAUAGAUGCCCAGCCUUUAAUUGAAUUAAAGACCCAGAAGGAAUACGAGCCGCGGCAAUCAAAGAAGCGAGUGUUAACUCCUAUAAAAGAGAAGACCCUCACUGGGCCAAAGUCCCCAGGCGUGUCCCCUGUUCCGCCCCAAAACCAGUCACCUCCAACCAAAGAUGAUGCAACCGAGAGUGAAGUGGAGAGCUUGCAGUAUGACAGGGACACAAAACCGAAUGCAAAAGCUGUCGGUUCUUCUGUCCCUCUUCCAGUGGCCCAGCCAGUGACCACAGCCACUGCCUCAGAAACCGCCUCAGGACAGAAGGUUGCUGUGCCAGCAACAUCACAUCAUUUUUGCUUCUCAAUAGACUUAAGGAGUAUCCGUGACUUGGACGUUGGCUUUACAAUCAACUGUAUAUUAAGGUACUCCUAUCCAUUCUUUGGUAGUGCAGCUCCUAUUAUGACUAAUCCUCCUGUAGAAGUUCGCAAAAACAUGGAAGUUUUUCUUCCACAGUCUUACUGUGCAUUUGAUUUUGCAACUAUGCCUCAUCAGCUCCAGGAUACCUUCCUAAGGAUUCCACUGCUGGUUGAAUUAUGGCACAAGGACAAAAUGAGUAAAGAUCUGCUUCUGGGAAUUGCGAGGAUCCAGCUUUCUAACGUCUUGUCUUCAGAAAAAACUCGCUUUUUAGGGUCCAGCGGAGAACAGUGUUGGCGUCAAACGUACAGUGAAAGCGUGCCCUUUAUAGCGGCGCAGGGGUCAAACAACAGGAUAAUGGAUCUUUCCUACACAGUAACUCUAGAAGAUUAUGGACUAGUAAAAAUGCGUGAGAUUCUUGUAUCUGAUUCAUCUCAGGGUUUAUCUGCUGUGCAACAGAAGCCAUCCUCCCUUCCUGCAGCACCUUGUCCUUCAGAAAUCCAGACAGAGCCUCGUGAAACCUUAGAAUACAAAGCAGCACUAGAGCUAGAAAUGUGGAAAGAGAUGCAAGAAGACAUUUUCGAAAAUCAGCUAAAGCAGAAGGAAUUGGCUCAUAUGCAGGCUCUUGCAGAGGAAUGGAAGAAGAGAGACCGAGAGAGAGAAUCACUCGUAAAGAAAAAGGUGGCUGAAUAUACUGUCCUAGAAGGAAAACUUCAAAAAACCCUAAUUGACUUAGAGAAGCGAGAGCAGCAGCUUAUCAUUGCAGAGUCAGAGGUUCAAAGAGAAAGGAAGGAACUGAGAUCAGAACGUGAACGGAACCUGCGAGAACUCCAGGACGCCACCCGCAGGGCCCGAGAAGAUUGUGCGCACCAAGUGGAACUAGAAAGGCUAAAGAUAAAGCAGCUGGAAGAGGACAAACAUCGACUGCAGCAGCAGCUUAGUGAUGCUGAAAAUAAGUAUAAGAUUUUGGAAAAAGAGUUCCAUCAGUUCAAGGAUCAGCAAAGCAACAAACCAGAAAUCCGUCUACAGUCUGAAAUAAAUCUACUCACCUUGGAAAAGGUUGAACUUGAAAGGAAGUUGGAAUCUGCAACUAAGUCUAAACUACAUUACAAGCAGCAGUGGGGACGAGCUUUGAAAGAACUUGCCAGACUUAAACAGCGGGAACAAGAAAGUCAAAUGGCUCGUCUGAAAAAACAGCAAGAGGAAUUAGAACAGAUGAGACUGCGUUACCUGGCUGCUGAGGAAAAAGAUACAGUCAAGACGGAAAGACAAGAACUGUUGGAUAUAAGAAAUGAAUUAAACAGGUUGAGGCAACAAGAACAAAAACAGUACCAGGAUUCCAGAGAGAUUGCAAGUGGAAAAAUGGACAGCCCACGUGGCAACGCACUGGAAGAAGGUUUGGAUGAUUAUUUGACUCGACUCAUAGAAGAAAGGGAUACUUUGAUGCGGACGGGUGUGUAUAAUCACGAGGAUCGAAUAAUAAGCGAACUAGACCGACAGAUCAGAGAGGUUUUGGCAAAAAACAGUGCCGGUAAUUAAUAACAUUUGGAAAAUCUUUACAGAGACUCCAGGCUUAAAUUUUAAUUUCAUUGUCAAACUCUCAAAGGAAGAGAAAAUGGAUGUUUUGAAAACCGAUUUUCACUUUUUUUACAAGCAGAAUUUUGUAUGUUAUUGUACAGUAUUUAUUUGAUUGUAUUUACUUUAUGCUACCUCUGCUGCCCUGGUUUUAUUUGUCAUUGCAUUUUAUACACUCACGUUAAAUGACUUUUCAUUGUUUCUCAUAAUUUAUGAUUUCAUGGCCAACUUUCACAACAGCUUUUCACGAGACUUGUUCUUAGAGAAAUGACUGCAGUAGUUUCCAGUUACCUGAUUUUUCAUGUUGAGCCAAAAGAGUCUAUGUUGCACUUUAAAAAAGCGGUGUCCUGUUCCUUUGAGUAUAGAGAUCUCCCAAGUGGAGACCCAUUGUAACCAACUGUAACUCAUUUUAGAUGGCCUGUGUUUUUAACUUGUAACCAUUUGCAAAGGACAAGUUUGCAAACAGAAAACAGGAUACUGAGUGACAAAACAGUCAUGUGUGUAAAUAAAGUUAAUACAGCAUAACCUUGUUUGAGCAGGUAGUGAAUUUCCAGCUUUUCAGUGUGCACUUAUUUAGCAGGAAGGUGAAAGUCCUAGCUUUAAAAAGGUCUGCUCUGCCAAACUCUUGCUCCAAAUCGUAAUGUUUUCUUUUCUUGAAAGGAGGGAUUUUUUAAUCUUCCAGAAACAGUGAUGCUUGUUGUUAACCCAAACCCUCUGUAAUGUAACAGGCAAACAGAAAGAAAAGGCCCGUGCUGAGAACAGAGAGUGAAAAACGACGAUUUUUUAAUCGCCCUAAUCUUAAUCAAUCGCUUUUUUUAAGUACAUGAGAUGAAGUCAUUGGAUUUAUGUAGUGCCCUGUCUAGAAACUUAUGAGAAUUCCUAUACGCCGUCUUCAGGGCCAACAUCUGUCCUCAGAGCAACACCUUCCGCCUCCUUGUACAGGGUACCGAAAAGGCUGGUUAGCAGAUUCACACAUUAUGUGAGUCUUAAAAUACAUGUCGUUUAAAAUUUCUGAUUCCCAAACAGGAAAACUUUAAGCAUACUUGGGGAAAUCGAUAACGUUUGCCGAGAACUUCCAUUGAAGCAGAAUAGGCUGGUGGGAAACAUGAAAAUAAUUUUUGGUUCUUUUCAAGGAAAUGUAUUUUUGGGAAAAGCAAAGCCCCAACAAGCAUUAUAUGUUUCGUUUUGUUUCCUUAAUAACAAAGUACUCAUCUUCUAAAAACAAACUCAGCAGUAAAACAGAGAAAGAAAUGACUAAUUGAGAGAAUAUGGACUCUGUGAAUCACAGCAGGAAUCGGAAGCAUUAAUUAUGGUUAGACCCUUCCCUCACUGAUUCUCAUGCCCCACGAACGAACCAGGAGGGGUUGGUUUCGAAGGCCUCUGGGGAAAUAAUACUGUGACUGCCUUCACCUGCUGUGUGUGCUGCGUGUGACUGUUUUCAGACACUAGAGGGGGCCUCAGAUUUAAAGAAACAAAAAGGACUUUCUCACAUGGUGUGUGGUUCACUUCGCCUUCUGUAAAGCCGUCCUCUGGCUCUGUCCCUUCACAAAUAAAAGUCAUAAUCCGAUGCCA